UGGUUUUCCGGCGACGCGGUUGGUGUGCUAUGGCGCCGGUGAGGCCGGCAGCAAGGUGGCGGCCAGGGAGUGUGGGGACGCGUGGUGAAGGAGUUUCUCCGGUCGGAUUCAGGAAUCAGAAUGUGAAACAGAGGAGGUGGCGACCUAACCAUGCGCAGGCCUUCGUGGGGAGCCUUCGCGAGGGACAAGGCUUUGCAUUUCGAAGAAAACUGAAGAUUCAGCAAAAUUACAAGAAAUUGCUGUGGAGGGAAAAGAAAGCCCAAACUGCACAGGAAUCCCAAUUCACAGAUCGGUACCCUGAUCAUCUGAAACAUCUCUAUUUAGCAGAAGAAGAAAGACUCAGGAAGCAACUUAGAAAAGUUGACCAUCCUUUGUCAGAAGAACAAGUUGACCAGCCUUUGUCAGAAGAACAAGGUGAUCAGCCUUUGCCAGUAGAAGAAUGUAGCAUUGACCAGGCUUUGUCUGAAGAACACUGUAGCAUUGAGCAGCCUCAGCCAGAAGAACAGUGUAGCGUAAGAGUAAACUCCAUUACUAUUCCAAAGAAAAAUAAAAAGAAAACAUCAAAUCAGAAAGCACAGGAAGAAUAUGAACGGGUACAAGCUAAGCGUGCUGCUAAGAAACAAGAAUUUGAGAGGAGAAAACAAGAGAGAGAAGAAGCUCAAAGGCUCUACAAAAAGAAGAAAAUGGAAGUGUUCAAAAUAUUGAGCAAAAAGACUAAAAAGGGCCAACCAAACUUGAAUUUACAAAUGGAGUAUCUUCUUAAAAAAAUACAAGAAAAAAAUUAAAUCAGCCGUGUUGUCCUUAAUCAAGGGUUAAAAUAUCUACUAUCUAUUGAGUUCUUUUGUAUAUGUGCUCUACCUCCUAAUAAUUAACUAAAUUUGUCAACAUAAACUGGAUUGCUAAGCUGUACUAAAUAUGAAAUGUCAAAAUAUUUUUGUUCUUGUAAAAGAAAAUUUUCGAUAUAU